AUGUCCGAUAACAAAGUCUGGCUGGUCACCGGCUGCUCUGCUGGCCUUGGGUCUGCGCUGGCAAAGACGAUUCUGGCUCAUGGCCACAAGCUCAUAGCAUCGUCACGAAACCCAUCCAAGACGCCGGAUCUGGUUGACUAUGUCACAUCUAGGAGUGGCCAUUGGAUCACUCUUGACACCACGGCGCCCGACCUCGAAGACAUUAUUGCUCAAGCCGAGGCCAUCUAUGGCAGGCUUGACGUGGUGGUUAACAACGCUGGCUAUCCAAUUUGCGGUGCGUUUGAGAACCUCAAACUCGAAGAUGCCCGCCAGCAGAUGGAGACCAACCUCUGGGGCCCCUGCCGCAUCAUGCUCGCCGUACUACCGGGAAUGCGCACCCGCCGGUCCGGCACCAUCGUCAACAUAUCCUCGACAGCAGGGCUGCGGGUGCUGCCGACAUACAGCCACUACUCGGCGACCAAGUUCGCGCUCGAGGCCAUCAGCGAGGGUCUUGCGCACGAGGUGGCCGCCUUCAACGUGCGCGUCCAGCUCGUCGAGCCGGGCGCCUUCCGCACCAACUUUCUGGGUGCCGACAACAUCCGGUACGCGCCACUGAGCGAGGAAUACAGGGGUACCGUCUGCGAUGACAUGCUCGCCAAGUUGCGCGGCAUGGAUGGCAGGCAGGCGGGUGACCCGGCGGCGGCGGCGGAGCGGAUCUAUGAGGUUGUCACGGGGACGGGCAUGGCGACGGGGAGGAAGCCGGACCUCCGGCUGCCGCUGGGGUCGGACUGUCUGCAGACCGUGCGGGCGAAGCUGGAGCACGUUAGGGAGAACUUUGCGCAGUCUGAGGAUAUUGCUAUCAGUACUGAUGCCAAGCAAUGAAGACGGGGUUUUCUUUUCGUCGUUGUCUUAUUUCGUGUAGGGCAGGAGGUCCUGGGCCCCAAUGGAGAACGCUUCCCCCCAGUCAUGGACAGGCUGCUGGUGCCAUCCAUUCUACGUUUCUAUCCCUUGUGUGACCAUAG